AUUCCCGCAUUCGCCUCCUGUUCGGCGACCGCUCCUCGUCGCUGCCGCCCCGAAGCCGCUUUAACGGGAGUCGAGAGAACCGUGCAAAUCGCGCCGGAAUUUCUUCGCUGCCAUGAGGCCGCUCGUGCUAGUUGCGCUACUGGCCGUCGCGACCGUCGCUGUGGUGGAUGCCGCCAGCCCCUGUAAGGAAGUCAGUGGCAUUUGCAAGAAAAAGGACAGUCUAAGAGGGAAGAGGUGCAAGCAAAUUGAGGAAGGAGUCUGCAAGAAGGACAUGGUCUGCUGUCCUGCAACGAAAACGAUUAGUAGCAAGGAAAGUACAUUUCGAAAGUGUGAAGACACGGACGAUAAAUGCUCGAAGGCAGAUGGCAAGUGUCGAAAGAUCUGCAAACAACACGAGACGGUAGAGAAGGGAAAAUGUAAAGGAGAAAACUGCAAGUGUUGCGUGAAAGUAGAAGCAAAGAAAAACAAACGCAAGAAAAAGCUACAUCGAAAGUGUCAAGACGCGGACGAUAAAUGCUUGAAGGCAGAUGGCAAGUGUCGACAGACCUGCAAACAACACGAGACGGUAGUGAAGGGAAAAUGUAAAGGAGGAAACUGCAAGUGUUGUGUGAAAGUCGAAGCAAAGAAAAACAAACGCAAGAAAAAGCUACAUCGAAAGUGUCAAGACGCGGACGAUAAAUGCUCGAAGGCAAAUGGCAAGUGUCGACAGACCUGCAAACAACACGAGACGGUAGUGAAGGGAAAAUGUAAAGGAGGAAACUGCAAGUGUUGUGUGAAAGUCGAAGGAAAGAAAAACAAACGCAAAAAAAAGCUACAUCGAAAGUGUCAAGACGCGGACGAUAAAUGCUCGAAGGCAGAUGGCAAGUGUCGACAGACCUGCAAACAACACGAGACGGCAGAGAAGGGAAAAUGUAAAGGAGAAAACUGCAAGUGUUGCGUGAAAGCCGAAGCAAAGAAAAACAGUAAACGCACGAAAAAGCCACUUGAAAAGUGUGAAGACACGAACGAUAAAUGCUCGAAGGCAGAUGGCAAGUGUCGACAGACCUGCAAACAACACGAGACGGUUGAGAAGGGAAAAUGUAAAGGAGAAAACUGCAAGUGUUGCGUGAAAGUCGAAGGAAAGAAGAAAUUCAAAAGCAGGAAAAAGCAAAAUCGAAAGUGUCAAGACGCGGACGAUAAAUGCUCGAAGGCAGAUGGCAAGUGUCGACAGACCUGCAAACAACACGAGACGGUUGAGAAGGGAAAAUGUAAAGGAGAAAACUGCAAGUGUUGCGUGAAAGCCGAAGUGAACGAAAUCCGAAAAUCUGAAGACUGUGAAGUCGAAUGCAAGAGGGCAGGAGGCAAGUGUCGGAAGUCCUGCAAGGCAAAGAAGGGGGAAGUAGAGGGAGUAUGUCAAGGAGCAGGCUGUACGUGCUGCAUUACCCAGGAAGAAAAACCUUCAACGCCGCAAAAGAAAGCAAAAUUCUGCAAAAAAGGAAAACGCAAAUGUGAAAAACGUGGUGGAGUGUGUAAAAAAAAGUGCAAAGUUAGAUUUUUAGUUAAGACAUAUUGCAAUGGCACUUGUAUUUGCUGUAAUAAAAAUUUUGUCGCCGAAAGGAAAAAAUGUAGUAAUGCCAAAGGCAAUUGCAAGGAUCAAUGUAAGAGUAACGAGACAGAAGAUGACUUACGGAACAGUUGCAAGAAAAAAUUGAAAUGCUGUGCUAAGAAAUGCAAGAUACAAGAAAAAUGUAUAAAAGCAAACGGGGAGUGCCGCCGCUUCAAAAAGAAUUGUCCGCAUGGAAAGCUUAAAGGUGGCUGCAAAGGCAAGAAAUGUGUCUGUUGCUUGCCAGCGAAUACAACAGCUGUAAUAAAUGGAACAACGGCAGCAAGACCUGAUACGGCAGGACCAACGACGGCAAGACCAAAAACGGCAGGACCAACAACAGCCGGACCAAACACGGCAGGACCAACAACAGCCGGACCAAACACGGCAGGACCAACAACAGCCGGACCAAACACGGCACGACCAACAACAGCAAGACCAAACACGGCAGGACCAACAACAGCUGGACCAAACACGGCACGACCAACAACAGCAAGACCAAACACGGCAGGAUCAACAACAGCAGGACCAAACACGGCAGGACCAACAACAGCAGCACCAAACACAGCAGGACCAACAACAGCCGGACCAAACACGGCAGGACCAACAACAGCAGCACCAAACACGGCAGGACCAACAACAGCAGCACCAAACACGGAAGGACCAACAACAGCAGCACCAAACACGGCAGGACCAACAACAGCCGGACCAAACACGGCAGGACCAACAACAGCAGCACCAAACACGGCAGGACCAACAACAGCAGCACCAAACACGGCAGGACCAACAACAGCAGCACCAAACACGGCAGGACCAACAACAGCAGCACCAAACACGGCAGGACCAACAACAGCAGCACCAAACACGGCAGGACCAACAACAGCCGGACCAAACACGGCAGGACCAACAACAGCAGCACCAAACACGGCAGGACCAACAACAGCCGGACCAAACACGGAAGGACCAACAACCACAGGUCCAACUACCGCAGAACCUACCACUACAUCCAUUAUACGUAAUGCCUUGUUGGGGAGAUCCUGCCGCAAUAGGCUCCUUGAUUUGGAAAAACAACUCAAUCUGUCUCUGGCCGAAGGUGGGGAAGUAAUGAAUGACAUAACAGAUAUUUUCGAUACAUCCAACCCAGACUUGGAAUCUUCUCUAGAUAAUGAACUUUCCAACGUAUUAACCGAACUUCAGGUGCUUUUUAACAAAACACAAGAAUUAACAUUGUUGGUCAAUGGAACCACAGCAAACCUUAAUUCAUCAGUAUCCUGCCCAGCUGAUGAGUAUGACGAGGUGUUAAAUAAUAUGACAGUUAAGAACCAGGAAUUGAAAGUAAUCCGCGAUAAGAUAGCAAUCCUACCACCGGGUAGAAGAAGGGUCAGCAUCCGGUUAAAAGUUUUCAUCUCUAUCACUUUCAGAAUAUGUGUGGGUGCACAAAGAGUACUUAUACAGGUCUUUGUAAUAGUAGAGGUAGUAUUUCAGCAAAUUAAUAACGGGGUAAUAGUAGUUGAUGGUCUAAAUGAGGAACCAGUUUCUACAACAACUGUGAAAACAUUAACUACAGGCUCAGCAAGUACAGGACAAACAAGUUCAGAACUAUCAACUGGAGGGCCAUCCACUUCUGGAUCACCAGGACCAACAACGACAGGAUCAACAACAGCAGGACCAAAAACGACAAGCUCAACAGCAGGACCAACAACGACAGGAUCAACAGCAGGACCAAAAACGACAAGUUCAACAGCAGGACCAAAAACGACAGGAUCAACAACAGCAGGACCAACGACGACAGAACCAAACACGGCAGGACCAACAACAACCGGAUCAAACACGGCACGACCAACAACAGCCGGACCAAACACGGAAGGACCAACAACAGCCGGACCAAACACGGCAGGACCAACAACAACCGGACCAAACACGGCAGGACCAACAACAGCAGCACCAAACACGGCAGGACCAACAACAGCAGCACCAAACACGGCAGGACCAACAACAGCCGGACCAAACACGGCAGGACCAACAACAGCCGGACCAAACACGGCAGGGCCAACAACAGCAGGACCAAACACGGCCGGACCAACAACAACAGCACCAAACACGGCAGGACCAACAACAGCCGGACCAAACACGGCAGGACCAACAACAGCAGCACCAAACACGGCAGGACCAACAACAGCCGGACCAAACACGAAAGGACCAACAACCACAGGUCCAACUACCGCAGAACCUGCCACUACAUCCAUUAUACGUAAUCCCUUGUUGGGGAGAUCCUGCCGCAAUAGGCUCCUUGAUUUGGAAAAACGACUCAAUCUGUCUCUGGCCGAAGGUGGGGAAGCAAUGAAUGACAUAACAGAUAUUUUCGAUACAUCCAACCCAGACUUGGAGUCUUCUCUAGAUAAUGAACUUUCCAACGUAUUAACCGACCUUCAGGUGCUUUUUAACAAAACACAAGAAUUAACAUUGUUGGUCAAUGGAACCACAGCAAACCUUGAUUCAUCAGUAUCCUGCCCAGCUGAUGAGUAUGACGAGGUGUUUAAUAAUAUGACAGUUAAGAACCAGGAAUUGAAAGUGAUCCGCGAUAAGAUAGCAAUCCUGCCACCGGGUAGAAGAAGGGUCAGCAUCCGGUUAAAAGUUUUCAUCUCUAUCACUUUCAGAAUAUGUGUGGGUGCACAAAGAGUACUUAUACGGGUCUUUGUAAUAGUAGAGGUAGUAUUCCAGCAAAUUAAUUACGGGGUAAUAGUAGUUGAUGGUCUAAAUGAGAAACCAGUUUCUACAACAACUGUGAAAACAUUAACUACAGGCUCAGCAAGUACAGGACAAACAAGUUCAGAACUAUCAACUGGAGGCCCAUCCACUUCUGGAUCACCAGAUGAUGGCUCAACUGACGGAUCCACUGAUGGCUCAACUGACGGCUCAACUGAUGGCUCAACUGACGGAUCAACUGACGGAUCAACUGAUGGCUCAACUGAUGGCUCAACUGACGGAUCAACUGAUGGCUCAACUGACGGAUUAACUGAUGGUUCAACUGACGGAUCAACUGAUGGCUCAACUGACGGAUCAACUGAUGACUCAACUGACGGCUCAACUGAUGGCUCAACUGACGGAUCAACUGAUGGCUCAACUGACGGAUCAACUGAUGGCUCAACUGACGGAUCAACUGACGGAUCCACUGAUGGCUCAACUGACGGAUCCACUGAUGGCUCAACUGACGGCUCAACUGACGGAUCAACUGAUGGCUCAACUGACGGAUCAACUGAUGGCUCAACUGACGGAUCAACUGAUGGCUCAACUGACGGAUCAACUGACGGAUCAACUGAUGGCUCAACUGACGGAUCAACUGAUGGCUCAACUGACGGAUCAACUGAUGGCUCAACUGACGGAUCAACUGAUGGCUCAACUGACGGAUCAACUGAUGGCUCAACUGACGGAUCAACUGAUGGCUCAACUGAUCGGAUCAACUGA